GUCAAAAAAUUUAACACACCAGCAGUGUGAAGAGACCUGAAAGUGGCACAUGGCAGCAGAGUGUGGCGAUGGAGACAGCAGCAAUGGGAGGCCGUACAGGGACCCAUGAGAGACUCUGGACUUGGCAGCAGCAUGAGGAGGCGGUAUAUAUAGGGGCCCAUGGCAGAUUAGGGGCCUGGCAGCAGCUAUGUGAGGCCCGUAAUCUGCCUGCACCCUAUGUCAAAAAAUUUAACACACCAGCAGUGUGAAGAGACCUGAAAGUGGCACAUGGCAGCAGAGUGUGGCGAUGGAGACAGCAGCAAUGGGAGGCCGUACAGGGACCCAUGAGAGACUCUGGACUUGGCAGCAGCAUGA